CCUCUGCACUGCAUGUAAACAUUCACACGUGCGAUAGGUGGGGCCUUAUGACGCCAGUACCACUUGGUGUUACUCGGUGCGCUUAUCCGGGCUAUUAACAUCCAACAUUGUGUAAAUAAAACGGACACAACUCUACCAUCGUUUAACAGUUUUCACUCAUCCUACGACCUCUAUGGAACGGCAGCUUGUGCUCCUGUUAUUAGCAACGGUCUGCCUUCGCAUUGCAAGCAGCAGCGAAUCUUACAUUGUUGUUGCUCCUAAAACGGUGCGGCCAGGUGCCACGGUCAAGAUAAGUGUCACUACUUUUCGGGCCAUCUCUGACGUCGAUGUACGAGCCGAGGUGGUCGCUCGCGGAGUGGUGCGGACGUCUGCAAGAAAGACCGUCGCACCGAAUGCAGCCGACUUCAUAGAGCUGCAGAUGCCCGAACAACUUCCUACAGAGAAUGGAGAGUAUUCGUUAGUUGUUGCUGGCAGUGGUGGCUUGACGUUCAGAAAUGAGACGACUCUUACAGUGGAUCAGAAGUGUGUAUCGGUGUUUAUCCAGACCGACAAAGGUAUUUACAAACCAGGACAAACAGUGAUGAUGAGGUUUGUAGCAUACAAACCUACUCUGUUGCCGUACAGUGGCAAAAUCGAAGUGUCAAUUAGUGAUUCCAGUAAGAACCUGAUGGCCAAGUGGAAGGAUGUUCAACUAGUCAAUGGUGUUGCUUCCAGUGACUUUCCGUUGUCUAUCGAGCCACCGGUUGGUGUGUGGACGACGGUUGGUGUGUGGACGAUAUCAGUUAGUGGAGAUGUAAGCGGAAAGAUGUUGAUUGUCAGUUAUACUGUUGUGCUGUAA